AUGUCCAAAGAGGACAUAAUUAUAUUGAAAUAUGGAACGCAAAUGAAGAUAAACUUCAAUAAGGGGAGGACGGCGGGGCGGCUCCCGGUGCUCCCGUGGGGACCCGUCACCUCCCUCAGUGGGAAUCCGGGGUGGAAAAGAGCUGCUCGUUGUCUUAAUUUGCCGUUUAUUUUCAAACAGCAGUUUGGGCUUUUCUUCGUUUCUCACUCCCCCUUGACGGACAGGCCGAGGCGUCGGCGUGAGUGGUGCUCACUUUACCUCAAGCUGGUGUUACCGCGGAGUUGGCAUUGUAGCUGCCUGCCCGGGGGAGCCUCUGCUAAAAUCCCUUCUCCUCCCAGCACCGGUAACACCAUCAGUCGCAGCGGGAACUCGCUAUCUCUCUGCCCCACCAGUGGUGGUUGGUGGCAUUUCCCUGCCACCGAGGUGCUUUUUGCACGCUCGCCUCCACCUCCCGGACCAAAGCCUUUAUGGUCACUUCGUGGUGCAGAAAGGUUCGCCUGCCUGGACCGUAGCUGCGGGCUGCAGGAGAAGGAGCUUCCAUGGCAAAAGCCAGCAGGGCCACAGGUGCAGUCCCAGUUCAUCCAUUCUGCACCCUACGUUUCAACCCCAACAAACCCUUUCUGCUGGUGUGGGUGCACCAGCUGCUUCUCGCACCCUCUGCCUCUCAUCUCCUGCCAGCUUGUAUCUCCCUCUCCCACGGUCCGUGUAGGUGUAGUGUGGAUGGCUGCAUGACACCCUCUGGAUCACUGAGGGACAGAAGGGGAGCUGCUCCACCCGAGUUGUGAGCUUUCCUCCUGGCAGGCAGCAGAUCAGAUGCUAUCUACCUUUCCCUCCCCCAGUGCACUAGCACCUGUGUUUCUUGGUCGUGGUGAGCAGAGAUCGCCCUCCUCCUCCUGGCUGAGUCACCCUCCGCUCUGCUCCCGGACCACCCUGGCUGCUGCAAUCCCAGCCCUACGGAUGGGAGAGGCACACUGGCCAUCGCUAGUUACUCCACCGCAAGCAGAGCUGCUGUGCCUGCAGCUUGGAAACCAGCAGGUAUUUGGGAGUAGGGAUCACCUGCCCUGGGGAAAGGAAGAGGAGCCAUCUCAACCCCUGGAGGCCUGGACGGACAGGGAAAUCCAAUUUAUACCAAUGCUGCCUGAAAUUUGAAGCCAAAGCAAGGUUACCUCAUGCUGAUGUAUGGACAGCUGGUACUUCUCUCACGUGAGAAGAGUCAGAUCAAAACUCUGCAUGAAUUUCACUGACUUGAAUUACAUUUUAUUCUGAUGGCACUAAUCAUGGCAGGAGGUCUGGGGAGAGCUCUCAAAUGGAUCUGUCGCUGGGUAGGGCAAGGUGAACACCAACCUGCUUCCCAAAUUGCAGGCAGACAGUAUAAUGUUACCUGUGGUUCCUGUACCUCCUUCAGGUGAAACCACUGCGGCGUAUUGUUUAUUUGACGUGUGGUUGGCAUUGUCUAAAGCAUAGCUUCAGAAUGUUUUUUUAACAUUAUAAUUUAAAUCAAAAGGAAACCAGAAGAAUGAGUCAUAAUCCUCAGAUUGGUAUAUGGCCAUUUGCCUUGGCCACAUGUUUGAAACAGCAUGGGCUACUGAAUGAAUCAUGACAAAGGAUCACAUUCCUCUGCCAUACAUGAUGUUGGGCAAGAUGUGGACUAAGUGGAGUGCCACCAACACAAGGAGUAAAGAUCCACAAGUCUACCAAAGAACAAAAAGGAACAAGACAUAUUAGCAAUAUUAAUAUAUAUUCAUAAUAAUGUGUUUGUUAUAGCC